AUGAAGCAGAUCUCAGCUCCGGAGGCAGCAGAGGAUGCUUUGCACCUUGGCUUGCUGAAGCAGCUCAUCGAGCUGUCACUGAGCCAGAGCGAGAGGAAGCGGCAGCGCCUGCCCUCUCCUCCUGCACUCUGCAAACGCUCUCCUGGGUGUCUGCAGCAGCCGGCUGAACUGUGGGAGCAAAUCAUGGCGGAAGAUCAAGAAUAUGGUGCACUGGUCCCCAUUUGUGAUGUCUUUCAAGAAGAAGUACCCUUGGAUCCAGCUAGCAGGACGCAGGUACGGAGCAAAUCAUGGCGGAAGAUCAAGAAUAUGGUGCACUGGUCCCCAUUUGUGAUGUCUUUCAAGAAGAAGUACCCUUGGAUCCAGCUAGCAGGACACGCAGGUAGUUUCAAGGCAGCGGCCAACGGCAGGAUACUGAAGAAGCACUGUGAAUCGGAGCAGCGCUGCCUCGACCGCCUGAUGAAUGAUGUCCUGAAGCCCUAUGUUCCUGCCUACCACGGCGAUGUUGUGAAGGACGGGGAGCGAUACAACCAAAUGGAAGAUCUGCUGGCUGAAUUUGACUCCCCCUGCGUUAUGGACUGCAAAAUGGGGGUCAGGACGUACUUGGAGGAGGAGCUGAUAAAGGCCCGGAAGAAGCCGAGCCUGAGGAAGGACAUGUACCAGAAGAUGAUCGAGGUGGACCCUGAUGCCCCCACCGAGGAGGAGAACGUGCUGCGGGCAGUAACCAAGCCCCGCUACAUGCAGUGGAGGGAGACAAUCAGCUCAACCGCCACGCUGGGCUUCAGGAUUGAGGGGAUAAAGAAAGAGGAUGGCACUGUGAACCGGGACUUCAAGAAGACGCGGACAAAGGAACAAGUCACAGAGGCCUUCAGGGAGUUCACCAGAGGAAACUGCAAUGUUUUGAACAGUUACCUUAACCGGUUGAAGGGUAUCCGCGCUACCCUGGAGACAUCCCCGUUCUUCAAAUGCCAUGAGGUAAUCGGGAGCUCCCUCCUCUUCAUUCACGACAAGAAGGAACAGGCCAAAGUCUGGAUGAUUGACUUUGGGAAAACCACCCCGCUGCCGGAGGGACAAGUUCUCCAGCACAACGUGCCCUGGGUGGAAGGGAACAGAGAGGACGGCUACCUCUGGGGGCUGGACAACCUCAUUCAGAUCCUGACAGAGUUGUCCCAGAGCGAAGACUUGCAUUAAAGCUGCGUGUCCGACUGCCACUACCCCCAACCUGCCCCUGACUGACUCUUCUGAACUGCACUACAAGACACUUUCCAGUCCUUGCCCUUCCCAUUUGAAAGCUAUACUCUCCCUAUU